CCAAGGAGCAGCACACUGUCACCUCCCUCCACCCUGUCCCCAGCCUGCCCUCCAAGUGGGACAGGGCAAGAAGCCAGGCUCAAAUCCAUGUGCCAGCUUCAGGCAGGAGCCCUGGGCUGCUGGAGCAUGUCAGAGAUAGCAGAGUCCAGAGCUGGACAUUGUAUCUCCACAGGAUAAAUGUCUCCCACAUGCAAAGCUGCUCUGGCAUCUGGCGCUGCCCUGAGCCCGCAGGUUCGGGUUACCAUCCCUGUGUGGGAUCAGCUGUGCUGCAGCUCCUCUUGUCCCUCCCAAAGGUCAAUAUUCUGAAGGCACUGGGUGCUGAAAUCGUGAGGACGCCGUGCACUCGCUUUGAUGCCCCCGAGUCCAACAUCCGUGUGGCCUGGAAGCUGAAAAGUGAAAUCCCAAACGCUUACAUCCUGGACCAGUACCGAAACCCGAGCAACCCCCUGGCUCAUUACGACACCACGGCCGAGGAGAUCCUGGAGCAGUGUGAAGGCAAGGUGCACAUGGUGGUGAUUGGGUCUGGCACAGGAGGAACCAUCACUGGUGUCGCCAGGAAGCUGAAGGAGAAGUGCCCGGAGUGCAAGAUCAUUGGCGUGGACCCCGACGGCUCCAUCGUCGCUCUGCCCAGUGAGAUGAACAAGAGCAACACCACAACCAUCGAGGUGGAGGGCAUUGGGCACGACUUCAUCCCCACUGUCCUCGACAGAUCCGUGGUGGAUCAGUGGUACAAAAGCAACGACAGAGACUCGUUCCUCAUGUCCCGCAGGCUGAUCAGAGAGGAGGGGUUGUUGUGUGGUGGCAGCUCAGGCAGUGCCAUGUCUGUGGCUGUGAGAGCUGCCAAGGACUUGCAGGAAGGCCAGCGCUGCGUUGUCAUCCUGCCCGACUCCGUCCGCAACUACAUGUCCAAAUUUGUGAAUGAUACAUGGAUGAUAAAAAAUGGGUUCCUAAAUGACGCCCAGGAGCACAAGCCUUGGUGGUGGAACAUCAAGGUGCAGAAACUGAAUGUCUCGGCCCCUCUCAUCCUCCUCCCCGAAGUCAGCUGUCAAAAGGCAAUUGAGAUCCUCCAGGAGAAGGGAUAUGACCAAGCUCCUGUUGUUGCUGAGUCAGGGCUUAUUUUGGGAAUGGUGACCCUCAGCAACACCCUGAGCUCCAUGCUGGAUGGAAACGUGGAGUCCUCAGACCCUGUCACCAAGGUCACCUACGACCAGUUCUCCAAGAUCAGCCUGGAGGACAGCCUUGGGAAGCUUUCCUGCAUCCUGGAGAACGACCACUUUGCUAUCGUUGUACACGAGCAGACGCAGUUCAGUGGGAAUGGCAGCUCCUCCACGAAGCAGACGGUGUUUGGUUUGGUCACAGCCAUGGAUCUCCUCACCUUUGUCAGCAGGAACGACAAGUAGCAGAGCAGCUCGGCUGUUCCCCCUCCUCCAGCAGGCCCAGGUGUGCCCCCGAGCCCAAACCACCUGGCCAAGGCAGCCUCUGGCCCAAUGCAGCCAACAGUUUCUCAAAAUGCCUAGGAGAAAAUUGUGAUGUGUUCUAUUUGUCUGCCAAAUGCCACCCCCAGUAUCACUAAAGAGGAGGUAACUAAAGAAAUUGUGUUUAACAGCCAUGUGUGCUCACAUGGAGCUUCCCAGGGCUGGGCAGGGAAUGUGGGAAGGUCAGGAUGGGAAGGGUAUGGUUGUUCCUGCCCAGAGUUGAGCAGGAGAAGCUUUGGUGUUUGCCAGCUGCAGGUACCUGUGCACUGCCCCUGGUGCACUGCUGAGUUACCCUGCUCCCUCCAGAGCCCAUUUCUGCCACAAGAGCUGCAGGGCUGGGGCAAGUCAGGGCACUGCUGCACCCUCCUGCCCCUUUCUGCCCACCCAGGGCUGCAGACACACCCAGGAGCCAUUCCUCCUCACCCAUGGGGGCGUUUGCCUCCAAGAAGGCAGCAGGAGAGUGUGGAGUCUUAAUUUCUUUUUGCCA